AGCGUCGGCGCUGGACAGAAGUCAGAGAGACGGCGGGGGGCACGCAGACGGACGGAUGGAAGCGGUGACAGGAUGAGCGAAUUCCUGCUGACCACUCCCGUCGGCGGCGGCAACAGCACCUCGGUGACGGCGGAGUUGCUGGUGGCGUGUUUCCACAACGACGACGCGUUCAAGUACCGCGCCUACACCGUCACCUACCUGCUGCUGUUUCCUGUGGCGUUGCUCUGCAACAUCGGCGCGCUGGUGGUUUUCUCCCUGCAGAGCGGCCGCAGAAGCUCCGCCUCCAGCGUGGUCAUGAUGAACCUCGCCCUAUCAGACGGCGGCUUCUCCCUCACCCUCCCACUGCGAUUGGCUUACUACUUUAGGGGUGGGGUGUGGGUCUUUCCUGAUUGGUUAUGCCGGCUGUGCGUCUACGGCUUCUACGUCAACCUGUACACCAGCAUCUUCUUCCUCACUCUACUGAGCAUGCUCCGUUGGCUCGCCGUGGUGCAGCCCCUCCGUCACCGCUCUCUGGCCACGCCCUCUCGAAUCUUACGGGUCUGCCUGGGAGUCUGGCUGUUUGUGGGCCUGUCCUCUGCUCCCUUCCUGACCAAUGGGGUGACACACAGGUCGGGGUCGCCUCGUUGCUUCGAGCCGUCUAGCCCCUCCUCCUGGGGGCGCGUCUUGAUCUUAAACUACGUGGCGUUGGCUCUGGGCUUCCUCCUCCCUUUCCUCACGAUCAUUGUUUGCUACAGCAGAAUCAUCCAACGCCUGAGGGUCCGCUCCAACCUCCACGGCAGCAGCGACGCUUACCGCCGCGGCAAGCGGCGCUCGGUGCACCUGGUUACCAUGGUGACGACAACCUUCCUGCUCUGCUUCCUGCCCUAUCACGUGAUCCGAUCGCUGCACCUGCACGCCGUUUGCGGCGGCUGGAGCUGUGACGUGGUCGUGACGCUGCAGCGGGCAGCGGUGGUGACGCUGUGUAUGGCGGCAUCAAACAGCGUGGUCAACCCCCUGCUGUACUACUACUCCACCAGGACAUUCAGAGACAAAAUGAGGGACGCUCAUUUCUCUCUGUCCAGCAGGGGGGGGUCCUUCAGGGCCAGACUGAGGAGGAGGAACACCAGCUGAGACACCUGGAAGUCCACCGGUCCGUUCUGCAGCCGGGCCGGUCUACAAACUCCGUGCUGAUUCCCUAAAAUCCAAUGUGUCGCCUUGUCCUCGAGGACUGCGGGAGCCGUUUUGUCCAGGUGUCCACCGCCUUUUUGAGAAAAUGUAAACAGUUUUUGCCAAACCCCUUAACUAGAGGGGGAUGUGGUUUUUGAAAGGCUGGGAGGAGGGAGCUGGCCGACCCCCAAUGACAUUUGAGCGGAUACAGUUUUGUGUAGUCUUUAUGUGAGUCUUCCUCCCACCAGAGCAAAAGACGGUUUACACAAAACAUUCAAAGGAAUAAUUAAAAGCGGAUUUUUAAAUUUGGCCUCACCGCGAAGUGGCCGGUGUGUGGUCUAGAACUUGGACAGAUGUUACAUCUCUUCCUCUCUGUCUCCGUGUCCUGGAGAGUAACAGCACCCUCUUCAGGUUUUGCGCAGAUUUCCUUCGAUACGACAGACUGACAGAAAACUGCAAGUCUGGUUUUAGUCUGUAUUUUCCUCCUUGUCGGCUGAAUCCACACUGAACGUCUCCUACUAACCAGCAUGUGAUUCCUCUGAGCCGCAGAAAACUAUUAAAAACACACCAUCCUCACC